AUGGCCCAGGUCGCUGCACGGUCGGCACAGCAGGCCAAUGGCUCCUCGCCGCGCCACUUUCACGCUGCCGGCCACCAUCGGAAGGGCAACAGACAGCCGGACUCGUCCUCCAGCCCGCGGUCCUUCUCCGGCGACAAGCUCAAACGCUCCGCCAGCUUCUCCGCAUCCUCGCUCCCUGCGACACCCACCCACAAGCAUACCAAGUCCACCUCCUCGGUGUCCAAGGAUGUCUCCCGAUCGGCCGACGGCGGCGAGCUGCAGGCCACCAUGAAACAGCGCGGCAUGCUCCACGCGCUCCUCGCCGAGCCGGUCCGCUUCGUCAAGUCCAACGAGAAGCAGGGCCAGGACUACUCGUCGAUGGGCAUCGUACCCGUAAACGAGGCAGGGGCCAGGCCCAAGGCCAACGGCAAGGCCUCCGCCGACUCCCUGAUGCUCCACACCUCGUCGCCCAAGCUCAACGGCAACGGACCCACGCAUUCGGCGACAAGCGCCAACGGCACCAGCGCGGAAGCCGGUCCCUCUUCCCUGGCCCCCGCCUCGCCGACCAAGGCCAAGAAGCAGGCGCGCGACUUCUACCCGUACAAGAUCUCGCUACGCUUCCCCGGCAAGGUGCGGCCGGCCGCCACGGGCCUGUCCAACUACGGCAACACCUGCUACAUGAACAGCGUCAUGCAGGCGCUCGUCCACACGCCGCCGCUUGCCUACGCGCUGCUGACCCAGGAGCUCGAGGCGCUCCACGGCGAGUGGGGUGGCAAGCCCAACGUCAACUUUGACGCCGUCGCUGCGCUCCACAGCUUUGCCAAGCGAUCGCUCCAGGGAUCCCGCAACGUCAACGCUCCCCAGGAGUUCAACCGCAACCUCAAGGCGUUCGCCAAGCCGCUUCGCCAGGGCAGGCAGGAGGACGCGCACGAGUAUAUGCGCUUCCUGCUCGAGGCCAUCCAGCAGUCGUGCCUGUCGCGGGCUCCCAAGGGCUUCAAGCCCGACGACCCAGCCCGGCAGACGACGUUUGUCCAGAAGAUAUUUGGCGGCAAGCUGAGGAGCCGCGUCACCUGCCACAACUGCAACCACAACUCCGACACCUUCGACCCGAUCAUGGACCUCAGCCUCGACAUGCGCAAGGGCAUCAACUCGCUCGGCGACGCCUUCCGCGCCUUUGUGGCCAAGGACCGGCUGACGGGAAGCGAAAAGUACCGCUGCGACAGCUGCAAGCGCCGCGUCGACGCCACCAAGCAGUUCACGAUCGAAAAGGCGCCGCUUGCGCUGACGAUCCACCUCAAGCGCUUCACCAUCUUUGGCGGCAAGAUCUCGCGGCAGAUUGCGUUCGAGGACUCGAUCAACAUUGCCCCGUACAUGUCCGACCGCUCCGGGUCGGCGCGGUAUCGCCUCUAUGCCGUCGUCCACCACUACGGGUCCGGGCCCAACAGCGGCCACUACGUGGCGAGCGUCAAGUCGCCAUCGGGCAAGUGGACCCACAUGGACGACAGCCACGUCUCGGAGAUGAACCGCCAGGGCCCCAUCGGCGAUGCGAGCGCCUACAUCCUCUUCUACCUGCGGGAGGAGAAGGAGGCGCUGGAGCAGGCAAUCUCGGCCACCGCCGGCGUCGGUGGCGGCGGCAAGGGCAAGGCCUCACCGGGGUUUCCCGGAGCGCAGGAGGGCGCGUCUUCGAAGAAGCGCAAGCAGUCGACGCGGUCGGAGCUCGACGAGAGGGAUCCGGACAGCUCGGACGCGGAUUCGUCCGACGACGACUCGGGCGCAGCACCGCCAGCGUCCUCGAUGGCUGCCAAGCUCCAGCGGUUGUCCGACAAGCAGCGGCAAGAGCUGCUGCGAGCCAGAGCCAAGUCAGCGGCGUCAUCGCCUUCGCAGACCUCGGAACUCGCCAAGCCGCAGAAGAAGAAGCCCAAGCAGCAGCGCAGGGACACGGCGGCCGCCUCCGGCGCCAGCGAAACUUCGGAGCAGGAGAGCGACGGCGGUCCGUCCGGUCGUACGACGUCGAGCGCCAAGUCGAGCAAAGCCCUCGACGGGCUUCUCUCCUCGAAGCCCAAGUCGGCGGCGAGCUUCUAUGGUUCUAGCUCUGGCGCCAAGAAGGUCAACGGGUUGCUCGACUUUGGCGACGAGGACGGCGACGAGCUGGGCACGGCGGUGGCGCGCGACGAGUACGAGAGCCUGGUGGGCUCCAAGGCCAACGGCAAGCCCGCCUUCGCCCUUGCGUCGUCGGAAGCGCCGAGCGACGACGACGACGACGGCUCGUCCGCCUCUGCGCAGCGUGUGCCGCUGUCCAAGAAGCAAAAGCGGCUGCAGAAGAAGGCGGCGUCCUCCGUGGCCCUCGCCGCCAAGCGGGGUCCGACUGCGUCGCCCUACGCGCUGGCGCAGAUGGGCGGCGGUCACGGGCCCAACAAUGCAUCGGGCAGCGCCAAGAAGAAGAAGAACAAGAACAAGCACAAGGGCAAGCCCGACGGUCCCAGCGGCAAGCUCGCCUCUCGGAUGAAGCCGCGAUCGACGUGA